GCGAACAGGCGAAGAAGAAGCGGAAUAACGGCCUGGUGCCUGACGCAGUUCCGAUCGUGCGGUUCAUCCUCCAGUAAUGGUUAACUGUGUCGGACUUUGGAUGCUCUGGUUCACGUCUGUCCACGCCGCCGGAGCUCAGUAACAACUGUGCCUCGCUGUUUCCGGGAUUUCCGCUGAAGAGAAUGCGACGUCCGCCGAGCUCUGCCUCCUAAUCUCAGCUCCGGAUCAUGAACUCGUGCCUCCGCCGCCUCUGAUUUCAUCCGAGCUGUCGACUGUGGAACCAUGGCCGCCGGCGCGCUCAAGACGCUCGUGCAGAUGUGUAACUAUCUCCAGCAGCCGUGUCACGUCGCGAGGUUCCAACAUCUGUGCGGCGUUCAGGGCACCUUCUCGGACAAAGCGAGCGCACGAGACGGCGAGUCGCCCGGAGCCGCGGACUGUCCCGGGCUGAGGAAGCGCGGGCGCAGUCCCGACCCGAGCCUGGGGAACGGCGUGACGGGAGAUGCUCCUCUCGUGAACGGGACCGAGGGGGACGAGAGCACCAGGCCGGACAGCACCAGAGCGAAACCACUCCGCAGGAACUCCCUGACCGGGGACGUGGGUCAGGAGUUCCUGAUUCACAACAAGUUCCUCUUCUACCUGUUCACCCUGGGAACCGAGCUGGGAAACGAGAUGUUCUUCAUCAUCUUCUUCCCGUUCCUCCACUGGAACCUGGACGCCCUGGUCAGCCGCAGGCUCAUCGUGGUCUGGGCCUGGAACCUGUUCGUGGGACAGUCCACCAAGGACAUGGUGCGCUGGUCCAGACCAGACUCCCCUCCCGUGGUCAAGGUGGAGGUCUUCUACAACUCCGAGUACAGCAUGCCGUCCACCCACGCCAUGACCGGGACCGCCAUCCCCUUCUGUCUCUUCAUGCUGACCUACGGCCGCUGGGAGUACCCGUUUGUUUUCGGCUUGUGUGUGGCUCUCAGCUGGAGUGUCCUGGUGUGUGUGAGCAGAGUGUACAUGGGGAUGCACUCAGUCCUGGAAGUGAUCACUGGCUUCCUGUUCAGCCUCCUGAUUUUGGCCGUCUUCCACCAAUUCCUGGACAAGAUCGAUAACUUCUACAUGAUGGACCACUACGCCCCGCUAGUCGUGAUCUUUACCCACGUCAGCCUGGGCCUCGUGGCCUUCUCCCUGGAUUCCUGGAGCACGUCCCGGGGGGACACAGCUCAGGCCCUGGGCACUGCAGUGGGAGUGGCCCUGGGUUCACAUGUCAACUACCAGCUGGGCCUGUUGUCAGAUCCACCGGCGUCAUCGCUUCCCCUGACUUUCCCUUCCAUCGGUGCCGGCCUGGUGCUGUGCUCCGUGCUGCGCUUCGGCAUCGGGGUGGCCGUGCUGCUGCUCACCAGGAUGGUCAUGAAGGCACUGACUAUUCCCUUCCUGUGUCGCCUGUUCGGGCUGCCCACCGACGACGUCAGGCAGGCGAGGCAGCGCAUGGAGGUGGAGCUUCCAUACCGCUACAUCGUCUACAGCGUCGUGGGGUUCAGCUGCGUCUGCGUGGUGCCGCUGCUCUUCAUGGUCCUGAACCUCGCCUGAGUGAGGUGGGGCUGCCACGCGUGCACCUUCUGAUGGAAGACGGCGUGGAGGCACAUCAUGUUUUUACAUGACCUGCAUUUUCAAACUCAUUUUUCUGAACAACUGUAACUCCAGUUGAGCACUGAGGUGUUUAUACAGAGAGAGAUUUGGAAAUGAGUCCUUUUCUUUUAGACUUAAAAAUGUAUUCAAUUUACUCCUCCCUCGGUUCUUAACCUGGCUGAUGAUGGAGGGCUUUCCCACUGUCAGUGAAGGCACCAUCAGGUUUAACUAAUGCCUCAUGAAAAGUAAAGUAUUUACUGUCUCAGUUUGUGGUUAAACAUACCAGUCGAAUUUAUAUUUUGGUUUUCAUUUCAUAUUUACCCAACAAGUGUAUUUGUUACUCUAUUUCAUUCAAAGUAUCCACGUACUUGAUCGCACUUUAAUGGUGUGAAAACAAGCGUGAAAAUAGAGCGAAGCAACUCGCUAGCUUUUUUUUCUCAUCCAUCCUCCCGUGACCGUAACUUAGGGUCAUGACCUGAAAGACACAGAUUUUUUUCAGUGAUGGAAUGUUUCUCUAAGAUGGGAUGAGUAGCUCCAUCAUCCACUAGAGAUUUGGAGCGGAGCAGCUGCCUUACCGCACGGAUGAGGCGGCUAGACUUAGAAACUAACAAGGUGAGUUCAAGGAAGCCCAGUUGGGAGGGAACCUUUCUUCUCUGGCUGGGAAAUUACUCAGAAAAAUGGUAACUGACACCAUCUCACCUCAACUGGAAUUAAAUCAUCAAGUUCCUUUUAGUUUAUGAACUAAAUAUGAAAUGAGCACCCGUGAGAGGUGGGAUUUAAGUGCUGUUUUAACAAAAAAUAUACCUUUUUUACGCAUUAGAAGCUGCUUUUACGGAACUUAUCAUAAGCAACUUUUUUUUUAUUUUAAACGUUUUAGACCAAAAAAGCAACGACUCCAAAUGAGUGGCGUGGUAUUUAUAGCUUGGCACUAAUAUUGUAUUCUUCCGUGCCAUUAAAUCUAUUGGCUAUUGAUUAUUUAAUCACUGAUGCACUGAUUAUUGCUUUUGCUUCUUUAUUUAAUUCAUGUAGUGUUUUGCAGUGUCAGCAUCUACCUGCCUUUCUGCUGCUGUUUGUAUGUGGACUGCUGCACUGCUGACUAGUCAUCGACAUGCACUAUUUAUCUUGAGUUUCUCUCAAAGUGCACCUUGUUUUUGAAUUGAUCAAGCGACGCAUCAAACCACUCGUGGACUAGUUUUGUUUUUUUCUAAGGACCUCAUGGUUGUCUUUGAUUCUCCAUGUCAACUUCCUGUGACGUUUAAGAUCCGAGCGUGCUGAACAGUGUUAACUCUGCUGAUGAGAAAACCUCGAGUGUACUGUAACAGUGUUUGUGUUCUUCAUGAAGGAUUCUACUGUACAGAUGUGACUGUCUGAAUUCCUUGUUCCGAACAAUAAAGUCAACAAAUCA